AUGUCAACCAUCAGGGAUGACAAAGAUGCAGUUCUUAAUAUCAGCACCUCGACACAGUUGGCCUUCCCCAUUUCUCAGCAGGACUUCAUUCCUCCAGCAACCAGUCCGAAUCAUGCAAUUGAAUAUUUCCCCUACUUCAGUAAUACUUACAUUGCUACAGUCGCCAGCCUUACUGGUGGCAGUGUAAUGGCUAAUUUUGUGCAAACACUUGGAGAAUGGUUGACAGAAUUUGGUAUGCAAAUUCCUGAUGACCAAAUCUGGGAUCGGUUGAUCUUCCUAGCUAACCAAGUGCCUAGCACUGACCUGGUCAUCACCCCCACCUUGCAAGGCGAACGACACAAGCCUGAUCAGAGGGGCAGCGUUCUUGGACUGAACAUGAACAAUAUGGGACUUGGCAAAAUCUUCCGUGCUCUGUGUCAUGGCCUUGUGGCCAACCUGCAUGACAUGAUGCCAAACACAUAUCUGGAAGACCACGGUAUCCAGAGAAUAAUUGCAAGCGGGUCUGGCGUCACAAAAAACCCUAUCGUCCAACAAGAAAAACCCUCUGUUUCCUUUCUUUCUCUUCCUCUCUUUCUUUCUCUUCCUCUCUUUCUUUCUCUCUUUCUUUCUUUCUCUCUUUCUUUCAUUCUCUCUUUCUUUCAUUCUCUCUUUCUUUCAUUCUCUCUUUCUUUCAUUCUCUCUUUCUUUGUCUUUUCCCUCUGUCUCUCUUUCUUUCAUUCAAUCUUUCUCUCUCUUUCUUUCUUACAUACCAAAAUUACAGAAAUUAAGAAUGAAAAUGCUGCCAAGAAUAUUCCAAAUUGGAUUUUAUUUUUCAGAGAUGAUCCGUUUAUAUCUGAAAUGCCUGCAGAUGCUGUUGUCAUCAGCAACAGCACUCACCCCCCCGCCCCGAGACACAACUCGAACCAGGUUGACAGUCAGAGUUGUAGUAAAGUCGUAUGUUCUUUCUUCUUUAAAUUUGGAUGUUCUUUCUUCUUCUCCGAAGCUCCCAUACUCCCCGAUUUCGACAUAAUUCCUACAGAGUUGGGCCGUCACUGUCUUUUGAAUAGUGCACAUGUAACAAGUACCAGCUUUCGUUGGGUCAACAAUGACGAAUGA